GGUCUUACACAAUCUCAACUGUGAGCAUCUUCAGUUUGUGCUCAUGCAUUGUUGGCUGAGAUUCUGCAGCAUGGGAAGCCUGUGAAGUGUUGGCCAGCACGCAGCUUCUCUCUCUGUUUUACAGUAGGAGCUGUCACACCGAGUGGGAGUGCAGCGUUUCCAAUGUGUCACUCGGGUGAAUAGCUUCCUAACCGGUACAAUCCAAACCUCUGCGUCCUCACAGGGCAGCGAUGUCUCCAAACACCCGCAUGGAUUUCAUGGAAGUGAUUUGUUCCCCUUGUUCCUUUUACGCACCGUCCUAAACGCGUCUUUUGGUGAAAACGAAAUGCCCUGGAUGUAUUUUCUCCGGAGAUUGUAAAGUGAAGGGAAGAGCAGCUCGCUGGAGAAGCCAUGUGGAGAGCGGCCACGUCCCUCGGUGGGAGCACCGGAGGCAAAAAGCCCCACUAACAGAUCAUUAUUUACCCUUUCUUUGGGGGAAAAAAGAUCCGUCGAUGAGGAAACAAAGAGGGUAGAGAUGGUAGAGAAUGGCCACACCUGACCUUCUUGACCCGAAGUCUGCCGCCCAUAACUGCAAGCCUCGUCUGUCCUUCUCCAUCCAACCGGUAGUGCUUUACACCCCAGAGGAUGAGUGUGAAACCCGGACUACAGUCAUGAGGUGGAAAACGGUGUCAGCCAUCUUCUUCAUGGUGGUGCUUUACCUCAUCAUUGGAGCAACGGUAUUCAGAGCCCUGGAGCAGCCUCACGAGAGCUCCCAGAAGCUGGCCAUUCUCGCGGAAAAACUCAACUUCCUGGCCAUGCACGCAUGCGUAAACUCUUCCGAGCUGGAGGAUUUAGUCAAGCAAGUGGUUUCAGCAGUCCGGGCAGGUGUGAACCCCACAGGAAAUGCCUUUAAUCAGACGAGCCUCUGGGACAUCAGUUCUUCCUUUUUCUUUGCUGGGACUGUUAUCACCACUAUCGGAUUUGGGAACAUCUCUCCUCACACAGAAGGUGGGCGGAUCUUCUGUAUUAUUUACGCUCUGCUUGGGAUUCCCCUGUUUGGAUUCUUAUUGGCUGGUGUCGGGGACCAGUUGGGGACCAUUUUUGGGAAGGGCAUCGCCAAAGUAGAGAAGAUGAUUGUGAAGUGGAAGGUCAGCCAGACGAAGAUCCGCGUUAUCUCCACUCUGAUCUUCAUCCUGUUCGGGUGCCUCAUCUUCGUGGCGCUGCCAGUCAUCAUCUUCAAGCACAUUGAGGGCUGGAGCACUCUGGAGUCCAUCUACUUUGUUGUCAUCACCCUCACCACGAUCGGCUUCGGGGACUUUGUCGCUGGGGAAAAAGCAGGUGGGUCAGAUAAUCCAGAGUUUCUGAACUAUUACAAGCCCGUGGUGUGGUUCUGGAUCCUGGUGGGCCUGGCGUACUUUGCUGCUGUGCUCAGUAUGAUUGGAGAUUGGUUCCGGGUCAUAUCCAAGAAAACUAAAGAGGAGGUUGGGGAGUUUCGGGCUCAUGCAGCCGAGUGGACAGCAAACGUGUCGGCGGAGUUUAAAGAGACCCGGCGGCGACUCAGCGUUGACAUCCACGACAAGUUCCAACGCGCUGCUUCCAUCAAGCGCAGGCUGUCCUCCGAGCUAGGGAUCAACCAGGAGAUGACCCCUGGCAAGAGGUCGCUGUCCACCACGCUGUGUGAGGACAGGGAGGCUUACCCCAACUUGACUCUCUCCCUCAGUCCCGUCACGGGGUCCUUGGCCAGGAACGACAGCCUGUACCUGAACGGCCUCAGCCCGGACUACGCUGACAGGCGGGAGUUCGCCAUCAUCGAAAGUCUCAAUUAAGGAGCGGCGUGAAUAUGAGAUUCAGGGACAGCGGACAGGAGUUACAAACACAAAGGCCCUCUUGUGCUUAUUGAAUGAGAUUCUGUGAUACGGUGCCAGUGUGCAUUCAUUGAUUGGAUCGUGCUCCGAUCAUUGGUUGAAAACCUUGAAAGUGACUUCAACACAGAUUAAUCGCCCGGCUGCGCACUCUUAUGUGCGUGUUUUGAAAAAUCAAACUAAACCUCAUGAUGUGCCAGCUACAGCCUCCAUUGUUUCAAUGCAGGACGCCGACUUGCUUUCAUUGUGUCUGUGCCAACAUGAUCGACAGCUGUGCUAGCGAUCGAGCCAAAUUAGAAGCGAGGUCCGGACUGGAACUAAUUAUUGUAUCAGCGGCUUGAGUUCGCAAACUUAUCUCACGAGCAGGAAGGAAAUUAAAGCCCAUAUUGAGGUAGCAACAUACUGGACAUCUUUUUCUCAUAUACUCAGAAACAAGCCUGUGAAAAUACAGUAAUAAAUACAUCCAUCAAACUUAGAAAGCAAUUAUGUAUCUGUAGCUCGUCUCUUGUUAAAUUUCCUGAGGCCCUGAAAUCUGCAUCAGAUAAAGAGGAUCCUCACUGCUAAAAAACAGUCCUGUGGUUACACUAAGGAACUUGGCUUUUUUUCUUUAUAGUUUACACUUCUUCCAGUAUGACUUUAUAUGCCUUGCAUCUGAUCAGUCUGUCCUCGCUUAAGAUAUGAAUGUUGACAUUUGUGUCGCUCCAUUAAUAACAUUCAGCUUCUCACCCUAAGGAAUAAUCCACUUGUGCCUUACGAAGAACGAAGCUGAACAUGUGAAGAUGAUGCAUGACGGACUGAGCUACACUUGUUUGUCCACUCAUACUUGUUAUUUAUGAGCACAGUAGUAAAAAAGGCAUAUUCAGGAGGCUUCUUUGAAUAAAGACAAACGCAACAUUUUCAUUUAGGAAUUUAAAGUAUGCAGUAAAGGAACUGUUUCUUAACAACUGGGGAAAUGUCACCUCUCUGUCUGCCAGUGCCAUUAGCCAUUUCACAGCAGUCCUAAUGUGUUAAAGGAGUUACAUUUACCACACAGAGCCAGGCUCACUGAUCACAACCCAUCUCCCUUAUACCAAAGUAAUGAUCCUAUUUCUCUGAAAGAGAAUCAGAGAUGCUGCGUUCAAAGGAUCGGGAGUGCUUCCAGUUAUUUCUUGAAAUUGAAUCCUAUGUUAUGGGUUUUUUUUCAUGAAACUGAUACAGAGAGCUUGGUGCAUCAUCACUGUCUGAUUUUUCCCCAGGAGGAAACAAACCCUAGCAUGUAUGUAACUGUUGCUUAUUCACGCUUUUCACAUAUUCUUUAUGCUUUGCCAAAACUGAAUGUACAUCAUCAGUGAGCUGUUUGCUGUCUCACUGCGGUGACUAAAUAUCCAGGCUCCAUUAGGUCUAUCAGUCGCAUCACGUUUAAUUAGAAGCGUUGAUUUAAAUAAACUCCUCUCUGCGGCUGAUUCAUAGUGCGUUGAUUAGAGAUGAUGUAAAUGAUAGGAAUGUCAUGGUGCAGUUCAUUUAAAUGACUUUUUUUGCCCGACAUACCACUGUUCGUAUUGCCAAAGCUUAUUUGCAUUUAGAAAAUUAAUUAUAAUGCAUUACAAUUAAUAAAAUACAAUUAAAUUGACAAAGUCAUUCAAGGUACAGUUGGUGGAACACAUAUUAUUUUGAUAUUUAAUACUGAAAAUCAGGCAGAACAUGUUAUUUUAAUAUUUUAUACAGGCUUUUUUUUUCAAUUAGGAUGGGAAUUAACAGAUCUUUAUGACAUUUAAGGCUCUGGUUUCUCCAAGUUGAAAGGUUUGAAUUGUGUUUUAUGGAAUUUUUAUUUAUUUUUUAAUCCAGUAUGAUAUCCUGUCAUAUUCUCAAUAUAUUUGCUAGUGCUAUAGACAUUUUGUAGCAUUACAGUAAACAGUAAAUACAAUAUAGCGUGACUUACAAGACAGUAUGCUGUAUGUGGCAAACUAAGCCUAUCUGCUAUACCAGAUGUCUAUAAUGUAUGGGUUAUCAGGUGAAAAAGAGAGUAUGUUUUGCAUAAAAGUGUGGCAGGAGGACCAGUUGCACCAGCUCUUCAUAGGUUCAAAAAUGUAACCUAAUUGUAACUUUAAGUGAUUAAGUGGAGAUUUUAUUUUUUUUUGUCUGUGACCAAUUGCCCAAAAGAGACUAAGUCUUACAUGGAGAUAUAUUUGUAGGUCAAAUCACACAAACGUAGCAAUGGAUUUAAGAAUGGCUGGUGGAACCCAGGUCACAAGUUUGCUCUCUUUCUCUGUUCAAAUGUUCCUGGUUUUCUUGAAAAGGUUGUCCUAAGGCUGAGUACUGACUGUAAGGUCAUGAGCUGUCAUGUGCAAUCAAGUCAAAGAGGAUCCACGAAGACAUUGUGAACAAAAUAAGGAAGAGAUACUCUAUCCAACAUGGUUGGCUUUCUAAAAAUACCAUUAUGCUAUCUCCUUGUGUUUCUCAGACACAAUCAAUAGCAUCAAAACACACACAAUAUGUUACAGUGAGUUGCAACAGACUACUAGUACAUUUAUGCCUGGGGAAAGCACUCCCAGCCUUAGUGCAGCUUCAAAGCGGAGCCCUCAGAAGUCGUCCCGUUGCUUUCUCCCAGCGGGCCGUGUGAUUGACAGCCACUGAAAGGCGAGCUGUCAGUACUGUAGAGAGUCAAAGAGUGCUGUCGAUGGAACGUUAUGUAAUAUGUCAAGCCAUUCUAGGCCAUAUAUAAGGAUACCCAUGCAUGAUAGGGUUUAUAGUAGAGUGUGUAUGCAAAAAUGAACGUGUGAGUGCGCAAGCCCAUGGGGUUUAUCAAAACUCAUUUAAUUUCCUCCCACAGUAUUUUCACGGGCAUCGGGUGACAGUUUUUAAUCAAGUCUUUGGCUGCAUCAAAAUCCCAGUUCAAGCAUGCUGAAUGUACCUAUCCAUUCAUGACGGCACAAAUGAGCUUUCUUAUUAAUGUAAACACAUUCAUGAUUUAACGCUGUGAUUUAUGCUGUGAUAUCAGCGGAAGGCUUUUUUAAGCCACUGCCCUCAUUUUAAUAAAAAGACCUGAGGCCAUAACAAUUAUAAUAACAGUGUUAUUUCAGACAGUUGUAAUUAAAAUGUGAGGUCCAUUAAAUCUUUGGUUUGGAUUUGGUUAACUUUCUAAAAUGUAUGCUUAAAAAUAUUUUUUAAAUGUGACACAAUAUGUCAAGGUAAACAAAAUGAACAGUUUACUCAGUUUUUAAUUGCCAAUCACCCAUUUGUAGAAAUGCGCAAAUAUACAUGUAAUGGGUUAUGAACACACAUGCACAUUUUAUAAAUUAACAUGAUUUCAGUGUUGCAUGCCACUCUAAAUGUUAGUUCCAGUUAUAGCUCAGGUGCGUCAAUAAUUGCUGGCUUUGCUUUUGACAACCGUUUGGCAACCAUAUGUUUCAAGUAUGUCCAUAUGUAAAUGUCAGUGUGUCAACUCAAAUCAUGACAAACUUUUCAGAAGAUUUAGAAUAAAAUAUUUUAUAUGCAAAAAG